UGCAAAAUGGAAGAGACAAAAAAAAUUAUUUCCUGCUGGAACUCCUAUUGCAUACAAGGUUUAAGAACUAGCGAUUGCUGGGGAUGACACUUUAGGAUUCCAAUGGAUGAAAACUGAACUUCACUCUCUGCAACUUACAUUCUUGUCUGCCCAGAAAGCUGAGAUUGACAAAUCACUUGCUGAACUAACUAAGCUGCCGAAAGACAAACGCCUGCUGUUCCACAACACAUUCCUUGAGAUUCUUGGCAGCAGUGAUAAUCUUCCAGAUAUUGAGACAAUGUUUGACCAAAUGUGCGAAAGUCUCCAACCUGACCUUCAAAUACUGGACCUGAUGGAAGAUAAGGAUGCAGCACGUGUGGAGAAGCUGCUGGAUCUAUUAGGAAUUCGGAAGGCUGAUCCACCGGGACAGUCCCUCACCUUCACACCUGGUCAGAAUGAAGUCAUUAAGACUGUAGCCAUUCUCAUCCAGUCACUCAACGAACUGAAUCCUGAUAUUCUACCUGAUUUGGCUGCUAGUGUUAAGAUGAAGAUAAUACCCACACUAUUAAAACUGCUGGAAAAGAUUGAGAAACGAUAUUUCAACCCAUUUCCAAUUCGGUUGGUGGAUGAAGCUGGAAAUAUGCAGAAACCUGAGGAGACUCUGGAAACCCUGGCCCUUCAGUUGACAGACAGUGAACUUCUAACAUCUCAGAAGAUUCUGAAAGAAUUUGGAGUUGACCUAAAGAGAGCGAAGUCUACAAUCACACACCAUUGUGAUAAUGGGCAGAAGGCGAUGCUGUUUCACAUCUUCAGUAGUUUGUACAUUCUCAGUGCUUGUGCUGAGUAAACAUGAUUCAUGCAAUGGUCCAUGGCCCUGCUGGUGUCAGCCUUGAAUCUUCAGAUAUCUCCUUGCUGAUGUGAGGCUGCAUCUCAUCCUUAUCUUUCCCCUUGUUGAUGUUGUCCUUCAGUCUGAUAAUGAUGGCAAUAUGCUCCUUUGGUCAUUUUUUGGCUACUUGAUGAUCACCUUUGAUGCAGAGGGUAUCUUUUGUGCUUUGUGUUUGCCUGUAGCAUUGUAGAACUACAAAAAUUAUAUCU